AUGUCGGCGCUACGAAUCCUAGUACCCGUCAAGAGGGUCAUCGACUACGCGGUCAAGCCCCGCGUUAACAAGGCCAUGACGGGCGUAGAGACGGCGGGGGUGAAGCAUUCGAUGAACCCGUUCGACGAGCUGUCGGUGGAGGAGUCGGUGCGGAUCCGCGAGAAGAAGAGGGCGCCCGGAGGCGUGGAGGACAUCUGCGCCAUCUCGGCGGGGCCGGCGAAGGCGGCGGACGUGCUGCGGACGGCCAUGGCCAUGGGGGCGGAUCGCGGGGUGCACGUGGAGCUCAGGGACGGCGAGGAGCUGGAGCCGCUGGCGGCGGCCAAGGUGCUUCGGGAGGCGGUGCGGCGGCAGAGGAGCAACCUGGUGAUACUGGGCAAGCAGAGCAUCGACGACGACGCGGCGCAGACGGGCCAGAUGCUGGCCGGCCUGCUGGGGUGGCCGCAGGCCACGCAGGCGAGCGCCGUCGAGUUCGGCGAAGGCGACACCGUCACCGUCACCAAGGAGGUCGACGGCGGCGCCGAGACGGUCCGCGCCAAGCUGCCCAUGGUCAUCACCACCGACCUGCGCCUCAACGAGCCCCGAUACGCGAGCCUGCCCAACAUCAUGAAGGCCAAGAAGAAGAAGCUCGAGAAGGUGUCGCUUGCCGACUACGGGCUGCAGAGCGACUCGCGUCUCAAGGUGCUCAAGGUUACCGAACCCCCGGCUAGGAAGGGAGGUGACAAGGUCGAGGAUGUCGGUGGUCUCGUGGCCAAGCUCAAGGAGCUGGGUGCUCUGUAA